AUGCCUGGUGUUAAUUUACCAAUGAGUCAACUUGGAUUUUAUUUGCUGACGCUUCUCGUUUGUGUGGUUCUUCAUGAAGCUGGUCAUGCGUUAGCAGCUCUUCGGGAGCGUGUCAGAAUUCAUGGAUUUGGUUUUUUCCUCAUUGGAAUCUAUCCUGGCGCCUACGUUGAUAUUAGUGACUCUGAUUUAAAUAGUCUUUCUCCGAUGCGACAGUUGAAAAUUUAUUCUGCUGGCGUUUGGCAUAAUGGUGUGAUUGUUGUCAUGAGCAUUAUUUGUUUUUACGCUCUACCUUGGAUUCUCAGUCCAGUCUACAUAGUGAACCAGGGUGUUGGUAUCGUCCAUUUACAAAAAGUGCUACUGGAGAUCCUUUAUCGAAAUACUGUUCUAAAACCGACAGUUGUUAUCAUUAGCGUUCGUCGCUAUUCGAGUGGAGAUGGAAGGUAUUUGGUCUCUAAUCCCUUCAGAUCCUUGAAGUCCGCUUGA